AUGUUCAGAGUACCUCCGCUCCCGCUUCAUCUCGACGCCUACCAAGGCUGGCGGCCCCUUGAAGCCGACCCGAGGAUCGUUCAGGUCAAGAGCAGCAUCUCGACCGCCGAUAUGUGGGCGCACUUUAUUAGCAAACGUCGCCCCGUCAUCAUCGACGGACACCCUCAAGAUGCCGACUGGAACGCCUCCAGAUGGUCCGAUCUCGAUUAUCUCAGCUCAGUUGCUGGACAGGUGCCCGUCAAGAUCGAACCCGUUCAUCCCGCUGCAGGUCACUUUGGCACCUCGGUCAAACGAAAGAAAGUCAAAUUCGCCGAGUUCAUCGACAUUCUCAAAGAUUCAAGAGAUGCAGGCAAGUGGUAUCUCACCACUCAGUACGUCGAAGACGGAGAGCAGGACCAACCCAUCCCAUCGUCCUCAGCCAAACCCGACUCAGACCGCGACUUCGAAUCGGACGACAGCGAUAGUGAGCCGGAGCUUGACAAUGUGCUUCCGGCACCUACCAAUGCGCUUUCCAACGACUUCCCUUCCAAACCGCAGCUGCUUGGUAAUCUCGUUCUCCAACAGUGCAAUUUGUGGCUAGGCAACAGCAAGGAAGGCAAGAGCUCAGGGUUGCAUCACGAUUUUCAUGAUAACCUCUACGUCCUUCUCUCCGGCUACAAACGCUUUCUCCUCUUCCCACCCUCAGCGCAUCGCUAUCUUCAUCCUCGCGGCUUCAUCGACAGGGUGCAUCACAACGGUCUCAUCGUCUACACACCUCCUGGUGAGAUCCCAGCCUAUGUGCCCGUGCCUGGUCGCAAAUUGCGGCUACCCAUUCGUCCAGACGGUCUCGUGCCCUCGGAUGCCGCAAGAUGGCGCCGCAAAGCUCGUCUUCGCAUCAAGCAGGAAAUCGACGAACGCGCUGCCGCUGAUGCUGGCGAAGGAUCCCGCCUCAAGAGUCAACGCAAGGGCAAAGCUAAGCAGACCAGGGCGCAGGAGCUCGCAGAAGAAGCUCUUCUCCAAGCCGAAGCUGAGCUCCGCAUUUGUCGCAUGGACGAAGAAGGCAUUGACCAUGAAGCAGACACCUCGGACGACGAUGCAGACUACGACGAUGACAGCAACGCCGAUAUCGACGAUAUUCUCAGCGGUCUUGUGGAUUCCAACGGCAAUCAGCUCAUCAACACAUCCGAAGAAGAGUCAGACGAUGUCGAGGACGACGAGGACCGUGCGGAUGGCGAGGAUGACGACGAUGAUCAGGCCCGCCGGUUGUUGGACUCGCUUCCUGCUCCCAUGAAACCGAUCGGACUGGCUGCUCUUGCCGGCGAUGCGGACUCUGUCGACAAAUUGCGUGCAUACCUCGAAAGUGUCGCUGAGCCGGAUCGUCGUGACGCAGAACAGAGCUCCCGUUCAGAGGCCGACGAAUCUGAUGAGGACUCGGAUGGCGCUCAGCAGACGGACGGACAUAGCGCUUCGGAUUCUCGAGGGCAGUCGCGCUCGGAAGACGAAGAGACAGAUCCCGAUGCUUUGCUGUCACCAAUGGUCAACGGACUGUCCCGCAAACGCAAGGAUCUGAGCUCUUCGGAGCAAGGAGAAGAUGCCUCCCACGACGGGAAAGAAGCAGAGGACGAGUCGGACACUGUCGAGUCAGAUCAUUCGCGCAGUCCCGUCAAGCGAGUCAAAAUUGCCUUUCGUGUCGAUGACACUAACGCCGAUGAGCUGCAAUCUGGCCUCGAAGACACAGCGUCUCGGACUGAGCAGAGCGGCACCCCCGAGCAGGACUCAAUGUCGAGCGAAGGAGGGGACGAAGAGGAUGAAUCAGACGAACCAGGCUUCUUCGGUGCGGAUUCGGGCUCGGAGUUUGGAGACGUCGACGAAGGGGAGGCUGAGCUUGCCCGCCUCCUCGCAAUGGCCGACGAGAACUCCAAUGCUCAAGCAUCAUCUGCUGCAGAUGCGGACGAAGAGAACGAGCCUCAGAGCUUCUCGCGCAUUCCACCGCACGUCUUGCACCGCUGUCUCGGCAUCCCCGACGAUCCUUCUCGCCCUAUGCCGAGGGAAAGCAACGGAGCUGCCGGCUCGCGCACGAAGAAAACCCCAGCGUCAGAGCCGUACUCGCUCCCGCCGGAAUGUCCACUGCCGAUCGAAGUAUACCUCAAGCCAGGCCAGAUGCUCUACCUCCCCGCAAGCUGGUAUCACGAAGUCACAUCUUCGUCACUGCCGCCUCUGCACGAGCAGCAGAAUCCCGAUGAUCCGACAGAAGAAUCCAGCAAGGUGCACAUGGCACUCAACUAUUGGUUCCAUCCCCCUGAUGCGCUCGACUUUGAGCCCGCCCCGAGGCAAGCUUCGGCUGCAAAUGGGCAGGGUCGGACGUCGAGCGAUGUCGUCGUGCCAGGCCUUGGCGUUAGCCUCGGCCAAAGCGCAAUCGAGAAUCUCGGCGCCGGCACAGGAACCUACGAAAGGCCGUAUCGCGAUGCCGAAGUCUGGGACGAGGUCGCGCAUGCAGUGGCUCAGCAAGUUCAGCUUGCGAGGGACAAUGCGAAGCAUUGA